GCGUCGGGUUUGUCGUGGGCCUGUUUUCGAUUGUGAAUUGUUAAAAUUGAAUCUCGAGCCAAUGUGGUGGUUAUUUCCCGUACUGUAUUUUUGUGCGACCGUGCUGGCGGUGUUUUCGUAUAUUCAAUGGACGAGAAGGAAACUUUAUAAAACCCUGGCUACCAUGUCCUGUCCAAAGACGUUACCAAUCAUCGGGCAUGGUCAUAGGUUUCUGAAUCUUACACCAGAAUCGAUUGUCGACAAGCUCAAGUAUUUCGCCGAAUUCCCUUCGCCGGUGUGCGUCCAUCUGGGACCCUCGCCACAGGUAGCUAUUUUCGAUCCCGACCAGGCCCGUGUGGUUCUAAACUCGCAGAACUGUCUCGACAAAUCCCUGCAAUAUUCAUUUCUGAGAGUUCCUGGAACGCUGAUAAGUGCACCCGGUCACUUGUGGAAAGUUCAACGUAAAUCGAUGAGCUCCUCUCUUGGUCCGUCUAUACUCGGAAGUUUUAUUCCAAUAUUCAACAACAAAAGCGCAAUCCUCGCUGAUUUGCUUGGGCAACAUGUUGGAAAACCUGAACGGGACUACAGUAGAGAUAUAUCCAAAUGUUUCCUAGACCAGAUUUAUGAAACAGCAUUUGGUUGUGAUUUUGGGAUGCAGAUAUCUCCUGAUGGAGACAAAACCGUAGACAUGAUGAAUGAUUAUAUGAAAAUUAUAUCAGUAAGGUUAUUUAGCGUUUGGCUGUAUCCUGAACUCAUUUACCGCAUGACAAACGCUUACAAGAUUGAGCAAGAACUGCUAAGAGCCCAUCAUGACAUAACUGCAAAUAUUUUGAGCAGAAUUAAACUGAAUGAACAAGGUAACAACGAAGCCUGUAAAUCAACCAAAACGGACAAUUUCAUUCAAUGUCUGAUGAAGUACAUGCAAACAGUUGAUCAACCGACACAAAAUGAGCUGUUCUCACACAUUGACAUGGCACUUUUUGCGGGUAAUGAUACAACGGCCAAGUCACUGAGUUACAUUUUAUUGCUCAUUGCGAUAUACCCCGAAGUGCAAGAACGCUGCUAUCAGGAGAUCAUCGGAGUUUGCCCGGAUGAGGACCAAUUUGUAUCGGCAGAUGAUGCCGUCAACAUGAAGUAUCUCGACAUGGUAUGCAAAGAGACUAUGAGACUGUUUCCCGUCGUUCCUAUAAUGGGUCGAGUGACCAAUGGUGAAGUGAAGCUCAACGAUCAUCACACAAUACCGGCCAAUUGCAAUAUAAUUCUGGGCGUCUAUCAGAUCCACAGGGAUCCAGACAUUUGGGGCCCGAACGCUGAGCAGUUUGAUCCGGAUAAUUUCCUUCCGGAAAAAGCGGCCCAACGACAUCCCUAUGCCUAUCUUCCAUUCAGCGCAGGGCCGAGAAACUGCAUGGGAUUGCGGUAUGCUCGGAUUUCCAUGAAAAUUACAGCGGCGCACAUAUUGAGAAAAUAUCGACUGAAGACUUCGCUUACUUUCGAACAACUGAAGAUCUCGUACGGGGUGAUGCUGAAUAUCGAAAAUGGAUGUUUAUUGCAGUUGGAGAGAAGAUGAUUGAUCAGUGUUUUCGUCGAGUGCCAUGUGGUCGUAGGACAAAACGUAGGAAGUGGAAAUAUCAUUUGUAAAAAACGUGUUUUUGUUUGAACGUUAUGGUGAUCGACUAUUUGUGCUAUGUUGUUUCGAUAGCACAAAUGACAAAUGAGUGGAAUUUUAUUUGUGUUUGUUUCUAAAAUAAAUGGGGAAAUGGUUUUAUAAUGCAGAUGCAUCAACGAAACUGAUUACGUACUUAAUUGAGCAGAACAUCGACGUUAUAGUCCUAGCUUUGACAGCUACCCAAAAUUCAUAAAACAGAUGAUGAUUUUUGUAAAAAUGGAAUAGUUUUGAGGUACAAAAAAUGUAGUGGAACUUUUCUUCUAGUCUUGUAUACUGGGGUCGUUUUGGUUGGAUUUCAUCAAUUUCUUGGCCCUCCUCGAUUGCUACAACUUUCAAAGUACCACCUGAUUGUUCUUUGAUUUUUGUGUGGAUUUAUUCGGGGAGCCAGCUAAAUGUUUCAAUAAAUUCAAAAUACAGAACCAAGCGAAACACACCGCGUGAAAAGCGACCCCAGAGUUGAGACAUUUCCCCAAUAAUACAUACUACGAUUUACGUUCGAAUACCAAUAAAAUAUUAUUACAUAUUUCCCCCUGGUACUGCUGCCAAAAGCAUAACUAUCCCAUAUUGAUAUGAAAAAUAUAUCAAUAUAGGAUAUUUAUGCUUGCGGUGGCAGUGUAUUUGCAUAUAAAUCGAGUUGUGUUCAUUACAGGCAGCGUUUUGAUAUCUAGGUACAUAUGUUACGUUAUUUUCGCCGAAUAAAUAAAAAAAUAAUAAACUAUGAAUAAGCGAUG